AUGGCAACCAAUUACCUGCCAGAUGAUGUGCUGAUUGAAGUUCUGGUCAAAUUGCCUGGCAAGUCUGCCUUGCGAUUCAAGUGCGUAUCCAAGUGGUGGUGCUCAUUGGUGAAGAGUCGUGGUUUCAUUUCUCGGCAUGCAGUUUUGAAUAAGAAUGGCGGUAUUCUCGUUUCCCAUGGUGCUGCUAUCUUCUCCAUGCUAUCCGAAGAUACUUUAAAUGUUUAUAAAACUUUAGACUUGCGACCUUUCUUUCAAGAUUGUGUUGACAAGAUUCAGUCGAAGAUUGCAGGUCACCACAAUGGCAUUAUUUGUUUAUUCAACCAUAGAGGAGACAUUCUCCUUUGGAAUCCCACAACCAGAGAGCGAAGAUCUUUGCCUCUACCAAAAACAAUAGAUAUGUCUAUUGAUGACGAAAUUUGUGAAAUGGUAUUCGGAUUUGACUCCAAUGCCGAUGACUGCAAAGCGAUGGUUAAGAUGAGAACUUGGAAGAACGGUGAUAUCUAUCAAACAUUUUUAUACAGCCUAAGGACGGAUACUUGGAAAGAGAUGACACACCAAUAUGACCUGCAACAAGUUGGGUUGAAUACUUCUACAAGAGAAAUAUAUGCAAAUGGAAUGUUCUUUUGGACUGUAACGGAAGAUGAGGACAUGGAAUCAGAUGUCAUUGUUUCAUUUGACAUCAGCAGUGAGGUGUUCCAGAAAAUUCCGCUCCCUGAUGUUUGCCUUACAUUAGCUCGAUGGAAGCAUAAAAGGAUUCUUGCUGUGUUAAACGAAUCAAUGGCCCUCCUUCUCCAAAACACUCGUAAAUGUCCUCUUGAUUUCAAUAUGCAGAUUGAUAUAUGGGUAAUGAGAGAAUUUGGGGUUAAGGAGUCAUGGACAAAACAAUUUACUCUUAAUCUUCAACAUCUUUCACUAGUUGAAGUAUUUGGUGGGAUUCCAGAUGUCCACAAAUUUUUGAAAACUGGCGAGCUUCUUUUAACGUCUUCUUGUGGAAAAGUACUGGCUUUGCUUAAUCCCAUCACACAAGAGCUUAGAAAACUUCAAGGUCAUGGCAGGAUAGUUGGGAUUGUUCCUUACAAGGAUAGCUUAAUCCCAAUCCAAGGAGGAAUUGAACCAAAAAGACGUGUCUUAUAUAGCAACAAAACAAUUGAAAACAUUAUUUGGCCUUUAUGCACGUAG